AUGGCUAAAGUUUUAGUUCAGUCAAUAAGCAUUCCAUCUUCAUUUGCUGCCGGUGAAAGGGAUGGACAAUUCAAUGGAUCCUGGAAAAGUGUUAGAAUGAACAGUUUUGUAGGACUGCGAGGGGGCAAUGCAUUACUUGUAAAAUCUGGAGAAACUCUCCAUUCAAAAGUGGUUGUGAAACGGCAACAAGGGUUUCUUAUGCUUGCACAAGAUGAGUCUAGACGACUAGGUCACAAUUUAGUUGGAACAGAACAAAUUAUGUUGGGUCUUAUUGGUGAGGAAACUGGUACUGCUGCUAAGGUUCUUAAAUCCAUGGGAAUUAAUUUGAAAGAUGCUCGUAUCGAAGUAGAGAAGAUUAUUGGCAUGGCUACCCGUGUUCUUCAAAACUUGGGUGCUGACCCCAAUAACAUUUACCUACAGGCAAGUAAUUUGGUUGGCAAGAGUAAUGUAGCUAUUGGUGCUGGUGUUGGAGGUGGAACUUCUGGCCCAAGUAUCUUUUUUUUUUUUUUUUAUGAUGUGGAAGAAGAUAAUUAG